AUGGAAAAAGUUCAUUUUUGGCCAUCCAACUCUUGUCUCGAUUUGAUUUUGGCCACCGAACUCCAAAACCGGGUAUCUUUGAUCAUCCAAUUCUUAAAACCGUUCAUUUUCGACCAUCGGGCGGUUUUGUUACCCGGUUUCGCUGACGUGGACGCCACGUGGCGGUGGGGUCCACUUGUCAGCCACAUCUCUCCUCUCCUCUCUCUUUUCAGUUGCUCAUCCUCCUCGCGAGUCCCAGGCAGCAACGCAGUGGUGCCACCGCACCCCGUGCCGGAGAUAGGCAAUAGCCUCGGGGGAAAGCGCAAGGGCGCCAAGGUGAUGCAGCUGGACGGCACCUCCUUCCGCGUCAAGCCCCCCGCCGCCGCGGCCGACGUGAUGCGGGACCACCCGGGCUUCCAGCUGCUCGAGUCGGAGGAGGUCAAGCUCCAGGGCGCCCGCGCGCGCCUGCUGCCGCCCGACGCGCCGCUCCGCCGGGGCCGCCUCUACGUCCUUGUCGCACUCCCGCUCCGCGCCCCCGCCGCCGCCGGGGCCAUGCGCCGCGCCUGGUCGGGCAACCUCUACGUCGGGGCCCGCGAGCGGCUCGAGUCGCUCAUGCUCGCGCGCCGCUCCACCUCCGACCUCUCCUCGCUCCCGGCCCACGCCUCCGCCUCGGCGCACGCCAGCGCCAGGGUCACCUCGGAGCGGUCGCCCGGGAUACUGCGGAGCCCGCAGUUCGCCAAGACGCCACAACGCAAAAACAGAGCAGAGCUUGAGCCGCUGGUGAAAUUAGCAAGAUAA